CAUGAGCUUGCUACCAUCUGUGGGAGUGCACAUGCUGCUGGUCUCAGUGACCAUCUGCUGUUUGAAUGCCAACCAGGCCCAGGCUGUCUUGGCCGGCGCAGCAGUGCUGCCCCAUGGCGACUUUGUGUAUGAUCCGUCGCUGGUGCACAACAGGAACGGGUCACUGGAGCUGCACAACGCGGCCAAGAGGGUGGGGGCAUGGCUGCAAGACCUCAGUGUUGACGUCGUCUUCAUGACAACGCCACACGGGCUGGCGGACGACACGAACUUCCUCUUGUACCGGAACACCAACGGCAGCGGGUAUGCCCUCAUCGGCCAGGACCUGCACAACGCAUCGUUUCCCAGCUACAAGGUCCCGCUGCACGCGUCCCUUGCCCCCAACGUCACAAAGGCGCUCACACAUCUGCUAUCGAGCGAACACGGGCAGAACGUGAGCGGGCUCACGGGGUUUGGCGAUGGCGAUGACAUGCCGCUUCGCUGGGGCGAGGUGAUUCCCCUCAGCUUCCUGGAGCCACACCUCAAUGCGUCGCACACACAGGUCGCCAUCCUCAGCAUGCCCAGUCGCCGCUACACCCAGGACGCACUCAUGUACGGCCCGACGCAACGAGAGCUGGAUCGCCACCGAGAGAUCAAACGGCUGAAGAAGCAGCGGGCAGCCCUCGAAGACAUCCAUCGCAAGUCCAGAGAGGCCCAGGCAAAGCUUGCGGAGGAGCGUGCUGCUGAGAAACGCCGGGACGAGGAACUGGUGAGAGGGGCAAAAGCGAGUGUUGAGGAGCGCCGUCGCGAAUCCGUUCAGCUCAAAGAGAAGAUCAAACAGCGCCGGGAGAUUCUGGCGAAGAAGGAGCAGCAGCGUACCAAACGCCUCUCAGAACAGGAGCAAAUCAAGAAGAAGGUCCAACGCGAGAAGCAGCAAGUUCAACAGUCCCUUCAGGCCGCGCAGGCUCAACUGAAACAAGAGAAGCUGAGCACGAUUCAGGCGCGCAAGCAGGAAAUAGAGCAGCAGCAGGCGGCAGCGGCGGAGAAGGAGCGAGCACGCAGGCAGGCAUUCCAGGAACAGAUGGCACGCGAGCGCGAGGAGCAGCGCCAACUGAGGGCGGCGCAGGAGAAGGCAGACAGGGAGGAGGCAGAGAGGCUGGAGCAGGUGCGCCAGCUUCGCGCAAAGGAAGCAGAAAUGCGACGGCAGUACCGCGAGAAACAGAAGCAGGAGGCACUUGAGAGAGCCAAGAUGGAGGCGGCAAGGGAGCAAGAGAUGCUGGCUGCUCAGCGCAAACAGGCAGAGGAAGAAGCAAGGCGUGAAGCAGAGCGACAGCAACAGAAACGCGAGCAAGAAGAGGCACGCCGCCAGUACGAGGCGCGACUGCGCGAGAAACAGCGCAUCAAGGAAGAGCAAGCAGCGAAAGAACGGGAGGAACUUGCGCGCAGAAUCAGGGAACAAGCGUUGGCGCGCGAACGCGAAAAGGAGCGCAGGGAGCAGCUAGAGGCCGAGAAACAGAUUGAGCAAGAACGGCUGCGACAAGAGCGCAUUGUGUUCCGCAAAUCCCUCAUCGACUUUAUGGAAGCCGAGCCGUCCGCUCUCUUCGAGCGUGCAGAUGACGACAACACGGGCGAGGUCACUGUCAAGCAGAUGCUUGACGUCUUCAACAAGACAAAACUGCACCCAUUCCCACGCGCGAAACUGCUGCCGCUCCUGGGCAUCAUUGAUGAGGACGGGACGUUUGCUCUGACGCGUGACGAGUUCUGCCAGCUCGUAGAACGGAUGAAAACACUCAAAGUGGCGGGAAAGCUGCUGUAA